AUGAGACAUCGACGGUGGGCCAAGGAGAACAAGGUGAAAAUGCAAGUUGAUGCUGCCAAGGGUGCCUUCGCCAAGCGAUGGCCACGGGCGGCUUCAAAGGUGACCACCUACAGAGAGAUGGAGGCAUUGGAUCUUCUCACUGCCUCUGGUCAUGAGACGGACUUUGUUGCGAACACCUCCCAGAACCUGACGCACAUGCCAAUCAAGAAUGACAAAGAGCCCAUGAUGUCAGGGGACACAAGCGCCGACUCUUCGCUGGAUGAUAGUGAUGAUGAAGAAGCUAGCGGUUGUGCCAACAGAUACCUGAGGGGCUCUGCAAAAUCAAUGCUGGAGCAGGAUGAUGGCAAGCUUCAGGAGGAGCUUCUCCAGAAGCUUGUGGACCACAAGCUGACAGGAGCAACCUUACAGCUUUCCUUCUACUGCAAUCCAACGCAGCUUCCACCAAAGUUUCUUCCCCAUGGAAACUUGAGCUGUUUGUUUGCUUUGUACUGCGCGUACAGCAAUGCUGUAGAGGGGCAGGAGCCGGCAGGACGGAGCAUCUUCUACACAGCUUUGAAGAGCAUUGACUAUGCCUUCCAACAUUCAAGGCGGCAAGGCCUCGUGUUUCCAACAGAGUAUUGGCUACAAGGCGAUAACGCCGUGAAAGAGGUCAGGAAUGAAUCCAUGCACCGGCUGAUGGUAUUGUUGCUGCAAGGAGGUUUCUUCCGUCAAACCACUGCAGCGCAUUUGGAAAAGGGACACACUCACGAGGACGUAGACGCAGCGCUGUCAGUGGUCACCGCGGCGCUGAAUGCCUGUUCCGACCUGCAGUCUCCACGAGACGUCAUCAGGGCUUUGGAGAAUCGGGUGGCGCCAAUGUUCCAGAGAAGUGGCAUGGAAUGCCGAGUAGAACUGCUGGAAGCUGUACACGAUUGGAACAAAAUCAUGCCCAACAAUGUGCACCUCUAUGGCGCCUACAAAGACCGCAAGCAGAAGGAUGGUGAAGAAAGAAUGGCCGUUCCACAGCAGUUCACAUUCAUCAGACGACAAGAUAUGCCAAGCCAUGGGCGAUUGAUUCCAACAGAAGAGCGCCUUCCGAUUCGCCUACGGAAUGGUGGUCAAGACAAAGAUAUUUUUGCCUUGACCAAGCUUCGCAUGAGCAGCGACCAUCUGAGUCAGGAUCCAUUGCUGAUAUACCCAGAGGGCUUUUUGGCUUCAACGAGACAUUUUUGGACGCGCAUUGCAAAUCCUGACUCAGAUCUCCCAGUGGUUAGCCCACACCUGGACGCAGAGCGGUGCAAAGAGCUUGAACAGCUAUGCAAUCAAAUUGAGAUUGAGUUUCCUCAUAUGGGCCGGGCAUGCAAUUACUACAGGUCGCUCAUAGACCCUGAUCAGAUGAGACCGCGGCCAACUCGAUUUGAGUUCAUCAACUUGGGGCCAUCUGCUGAUGAGCAGAUUGGAGAUGUGAUGCUUGGUGAACCAGGCAGAGCACCGAAACCUUACAAAUUGAGAGUUCUUUUCCGCAGAGAGCCGGACGCGGGGUGA